CAUUCCUAUCGUAUAUUUUGACACACCAACGGGGUGAAAGAGCGGUACCACGGAAAAAAAAAAAAAAAAAAAUGAGCAGAAAGUGAAGCAGGAAAAGAAAAAACACGAACAGGCAGGGGGCACAAAAAAAAGGAAACCUGACCAGAUGGUCAAGUAGGAAAAGAAAAAUUAUGAAGAGGCUGUGAAGCAGGAAAAGUAAAAAAUAAAUUCAGGCAUGAAAUUUGCUCUGCCAGAAUAAGUUGAACCCUGCAAGGGCAGAUACGACUAGCACAGAAAAGAAAAACGAACCAACUGUCGAGCGAACCUAAGAAGCUGCCCCCGAGCAGCUCUAAGGCAACCCUAAAGUAACCUCCCAAUUAACCCCCCAACUACCGCACGAACACACGGAACAAACACCACUUACAAACCGAAAGAUGAAUGUAGCCAGGAAUAAAAAGAACAACCUGAUAGAUGACGAACUACCAAAUGAUUUUGUGCUACCCAAGGGAGACAAAGUAAAAGGGGAGAAGCUAUUCAAGAAGCACUGUAAGCAAUGUCACUCCAUAGCCCCCGACAACACACAAUCCAAUUCGGGGUUCACGAGUUGGGGUCCCUCCUUAUUUAAUGUUUAUAACAGAACGGCUGGAAUGAGCAGAGGCAAUUCGCCUUUUCAAGUAUCACCUGAUAUGUACGCGUCAGGCAUUAUAUGGAAUGACUUAAAUUUAAUGAAGUACAUGAGGAACCCCAAAGAUUUUGUAGAAGCAAACAUUGGUAUGAACUUUAAAGGAAUUUCAAAUUUUCAAGAUAGGGUUGACAUCGUUCACUAUUUAAAAACCCUUACGUAUGAUGACCCACAUGGGAGAGAAAUUGUGGAAAAAUUUUCCAAAAAAAAAAAAUAA